AUGGACUCUCAGAAUACAGGCUUCCAAGCUGGCCAGGCCGAAGGCCAAGCCCAGGAAAAGGGAAGCCAAAUGAUGGACAAGGUAAACAAUGCUGCACAAUCUGCAAAGGAUUCAUGCCAAGAGGCGGGGCAGCAAGCUCAGGCGAAAGCUCAAAAUGCUACGGAUGCUGUGAAGAGCACAGUUGGAAUGAACAAAUGA